AUGGCUGAACCACCAAUUCUAUCCGCUCCAAAACCUGAGGAGGUUCUUAUUAUGUAUUUGGCAAUUUCUAAUAUAGCGACAAGUGCAGCAUUGAUUAGAAAGGAAGGAAAGAGGCAAUAUCCAGUCUUCUACACAAGUAAGACCAUGACAGAUGCGGAGACGCAAUAUAGUAAAGCAGAAAAAGUCAUCUUAGCCUUGAUCUAUGCCAAGAGGAAGCUUCGGCACUAUUUUGAAUCUCAUAGCAUUGUGGUACUCACCAACUAUCCUAUACGGGGUAUACUCUUUAAGCCCGAUUUAUCUGGGAGAAUUACCAAGUGGGCUAGCGAGCUUAGUUCCUUCGACAUAACUUAUGAGCCAAGGGUGUCGCAAAAAGGACAAGCCGUAGCAGACUUUCUUCUCGAGUAUGAAGAUACUCCCGAAGAGCCGGCACACCCUGAACCACAGUGGGAACUUCGAGUUGAUGGCUCCUUGAAUCAAGCAAGUGUAGGGGUAGGCGUUGUAAUGUCAACACCCGAAGGCACCAAGCUGCAGCAAUCUAUCCGUUUGAAGUUCCCGGCUACAAAUAAUGAGGCCGAGUACGAGGCAUUACUUGCUGGUCUUCGAUUGGCUAGCAGCCUUCAGGUACCUCGUGUUGAGAAUGCCGAAGCAGAUCAAUUGGCCACAUCAGCAUCAUCCUCAAAUGAAGAUCUGACUUGGAUUGUGCCGAUUGACGUUCUGGAAAAGCCCAGCAUUAAUCCUCCACAGGAAGUAAUGGUGAUUCCAGUUAUUCCUCGAGAACCAUGCUGGAUUGAUCCAUUGGAAGCCUACCUCAAGCAUGGAGUUCUUCCAGACCAGAAGUCCGAAGCACGGAAGCUCCGUCUCACCGCAGCUAAAUAUGCCAUCAUUAACAAUCAGUUAUACCGAAAGUCAUUUUCAGGUCCUUACCUGAAAUGUUUAAGCCCUACUGAGGCUCUUGUGGUGUUGAAACAAAUCCAUGACGGAGAUUGUGGCAACCAUUCUGGGGGUAGAUCCCUCGCGCAUAAAGUCCUGACUCAAGGUUACUUCUGGCCGUACUUGGCCUAG